AUGAAGUCGGACUUAAUCUUCCUGGCUUGCAAAAUCGGAUCUUCAAUGACCGCUUCUGAUGCAAGCGUCCCACUACUUGUAAAACCCAUAGGUAGGUUGCAGACCUCUUUGAGCUCCACUGGUUCUCUGAGAGAAUGUGCAGUACUCCCGAAUGGAAAAAGCGGGAAUGACAUACGUCAAACAAGAGCAUUUUGUGUCAAUCCUGGCACAUCAGAAAUCGGUAGAUCGUCCAUUGAAUCCACCUGCAUCUCAGGAGAGCAAAUCAAAUUUGAUAUUCUUCUUAGUGAUGUGGAACUAGACGUUCGUCGUCUAUUUGAAGAUAUCCCGAGAUUUUCCGUGAAAUGA